AUGGCUGACACCGAUUCCUUCGUCCAUCUCGCCCGCCCUCUGGGUCCCGUGGCAGUGGGGUCUGCACCGACGACCGCCCCUGUGAAUGUUGUUAUUCAGCCUCAGGCUCUGUUCUCCAUCCUGGACCACUCUCUCCGUCGCAAUGCCGACCAGGAGCGUGUCAUCGGUACUCUUCUGGGAACCAGGUCCGAGGAUGGCACCGAAGUCGAGAUCCGCAGCACCUUCGCCGUGGGCCACACCGAGACGACAGACCAGGUUGAGGUGGAUAUGGAAUACCAGAAGCAGAUGCUCGCCCUGCACCUGAAGGCCAACCCCAAGGAGGUCCUCGUGGGUUGGUACGCCACCUCGUCCGAGCUCAACACCUUCUCGGCCUUGAUCCAAAAUUUCUACAGCGGCCAGGGCGACGGCACGUGGCCUCACCCCGCCGUUCACUUGACCGUCUCCACCGAGGCCGGCAAGGACAUCGAGACCCGCGCCUACAUCUCUGCCCCCGUCGGCGUGACCGCUGAGCGUGCUGCCGACAGCGCUGCCUUCAUCCCCGUUCCCUAUGAGAUCCGUUACGGCGAGGCCGAGAAGAGCGGUCUCGAGGCCAUUGCCGCUGCCCGGGAUGCCGAGGAGCGCUCCGCCAACAUCUUCACCGACAUCGAGGCCCUCGAGCGCGCCAUCGAGGAGGUUCUCGGUAUGAUCGACCGCGUUUCCCGCUAUGUCGAGUCCGUGAUCGACGAGGAGGCUCCCGCCUCCACGGCCAUGGGCCAGUACCUGCUCAACACGCUCGCCUUGGCUCCUAAGGUCGAGCCCGCCGACAUUGAGCGUGACUUCAACAACCACAUCCAGGACGUCCUGGUUGUGUCGUACCUGGCCAACACCAUCCGCACGCAGAUGGAGCUGUCCAACCGGCUAGCCACCGCACAGCUGACCCUGGGCGGCGAGGGCAGCGGCGAGUCCGGCGCCCAGCGCGGCGGACAGCGGGGCGGCAAGGGAGGCCGUGGUGGUCAGCAGCGGACUCAAGAGCGGAGCGGCGAGGAGGCUCGCGCGUAA